AUGUGCACUCUGGAGAAACUUGAUGGCCUCUUUAUUGUAACAAUAACCGGGAAUGAUGAGCACCGGCUUAACCCGAUUCUGAUCGACUCCAUCCGGGCCGCACUCCACCGGGCUAAGAUUGAAUCCGAGUCUAUGGGGCCCACGGCCCUUAUCACUACCGGCCACGGCAAGUUCUUCUCCAAUGGCUACGACCUCUCAUGGGCCUUGUCAGAUCCAGAUCCGGGCCAAGCCCAAGCUCAAACACGACCCAAGUUGAUGUCUAAGAAGUUACGGUGUUUAGUCUCCGACCUCACAUCCCUUCCUAUGCCCACGAUCGCCGCUGUCACCGGUCACGCUUCCGCUGCCGGCUUCGUUCUAGCCCUAAGCCACGACUAUAUCGUAAUGCGCAAGGACCGAGGCUUCCUUUAUAUGAGCGAGCUCGACAUCCGGCUGAAAAUAUCUUCUUGGUUUGUGCAAAUUGUGAAAAGUAAAAUUGCGUCUCCGAAGGUGUGGAGGGAGGUGAUUUUAAAAGCCUCCAAAAUCAACGCGGAGAUGGCGGUGGAGUGGGGAAUUGUGGACUCCGCACAUGAUAGCGCGGAGGAGACAGUGGAGGCCGCGUCGAGGCUGGGGAUGGAGCUGGUGAAGAGGAAUUGGGAUGGAAAAGUGUAUGCGGAGAACAGGAAGACCCUUUUUGUUGAUGUGAUGGCGGCUUUAAGUUCCGAUGAGACGGUUGGAGAUACUGAUUGUAAUGAUAGUCAUAAGGCUGUUUCGAAACUAAGAGGUCGAAAGCUGAGAGAAGCAACCAGGUCUGAGGGGAAGAAAAAGAAAGAGCAAGAAAGGGGAGAGGGAAAUUUGGAUGAAAAAGGAGGAAUAGAAAAUGGGGCUAGUGAUGCUGAGGAAACAGGAACAGGGAGGAAGAGGAAAGGAAACGUAAAAGAGGUCCAAAGAGAGAGGAAUAGUGGAAAAAUUGAGGAAAGUGGUGGAAGAGAAAAAUGGGAAAGAGGAAAGUCAGAAGAAAAGGCUACAAUUGCUGAAUUGAAAGAGAAUGCCACAGUAAUAUGCACUUGGAAGAAUUUAAAAUUGGGAUUUACUGAAGAACAAAAGGUUUAUCCUCCAAUUGCUUUAGCCCUCCUUCAAGCAAUUCAACAUCAGAAUAUGAUGAGAGAUGAAGAAGACAAAAGAAAGGGGGAAAAUAGUCUUUUGAUGUAUUGA